GCAUCGCAAGGAGUGAUGGUGGCCGGUCAAACUAGUGUUUCAGGAACAGGAUCAAAUCAACUCAGUAGUCCACGACAAGUACAACUUGAUACACAAGGCUAUUUAUAUAUAUUAGAUUAUGGGAAUUACAGAAUACAGCGUUGGGCGCCAAAUGCAGUUUAUGGAGUGACAGUAUUAGCAAUUGCUUAUGGCGCAGGUACAAAUCAAUGGUAUUACCCGUAUGGCAUGAAACUUGAUCAACUGGGAAACUUGUAUGUUGUUGAUGGGUAUACUAGUCGUGUACAAAAGUACACAUUAUCAUGCGGGCCCACUACAACGACGACAACGACAACACAAGCUCCACUGGGUAUGUAUCAGUUCACAGUUUUUCAUGUAGUGAGAGUACUAAAUGUUUGAAUAUCGGUGCGAAAAUUGAUUGGUAUUAGUAUGGCCAUAGGUCCACGAAAAUGUAACAUGUACAGUUGUACUUAUUAUUAUUAUUGCGUUAUUCUUAUAAUAAGCAGUAUGUACCCCUUUACUCCUUUUAUUCCCUUCACUCGUUUUAGUCCUUUCACUAGUUUUAGUCGCUCUACAGCCUUUUAGGAAAAGGAAAGAAGUAAAGGCUGUAAAAGGAGUAAAG